AUGUUCAGGCUUUGAAGAAUGCUUAUGAGUUGAUCAAAUCAGCCAGUCAAGGAAAAUCUGCACUUGCCUCAUCAGAUAGCUUCAGCACUGACUUAUAUGUUUUAUGUGCUGAACAAGCAUUUCAGCUGGGAUGUCUGGAAAUAAGCAGAGACUGUCUACAGAUGUAUUUUAAAGGAAGAUUUCCUGUCAACCAGUUUCUUGGCAGAGCAUAUUUGUGCCAAGGCCAGCUGCACACUCCACUCUCUACAGAUAAUUUGGAAGAGUUUGAAAAGUUUGUGCUGUUUUUUAUGAAGGCAAUAGAUUUUGCCGCCCAUGAUCAAAGAUAUUAUUUUUUGAUAUAUAAUGCCUCAGUUCUUUAUUGGCAACUUGUGAAGCCAUAUCUUAAGCCUGGAUUCCGCUAUUGUCUUAUUCCUAGUCUUUCUCAAAUUGUUAAAGUGUUAAACGAAACUGAAGACCAAGACAAGGAAUGGAGAGCAGAACUCAUGAUAAAUUUACUCGAGUGCUUCCUCGAUGCUUCAAAACUGAAAGAAGCAAAAGAGUUUUCAUCUACUGCAGCAAUCUUUAUUAAGGAAAAUGUUCCAGAUAAAUACUCUCAAAUAUUUUCUCUAAUGGUAUAUCACAAACUAAUGGAUACUUCUCAAGUAGGGAAGGAAAUACAAAAUUCCAUCCAUUUUUCAAUUGUUUAUAAAAUGCAGAUGUUAAAAUUGCAGUGGGACACAAAUGAAUUUCCACGUGAUGCCAUUGCAAAUCUGGAUUCUAUAUAUGUACUUUUGAAACAAGACGAUGUACCUCCAGCAUCUGUUCUCAGUGUGAAGAUUCCUUUGAUUCUGGAAUUAGCUCGUUUUUCUCUGAAAGUAAACUACAUUAAGCUUGCAUUUGAUUGUAUACUUGAUUUGAAGAGAGCUGGGAUUACUGAGCAAGGGAAACUUAUUGAAAUAGAAUGCCUGGAAUGUGAAUAUGAAGUAAAAAAAAUGGGCACUAAAAUUGUGACUUAUACCAAAGGAGUCAUUGAGGCUCAGCUGAACUUGAUAAAAAAUCUUGAGUUAACCCUAAAACGUGCAGUUCAGUUGGGCGAUCCCGGUGUGAUUCAGGUUGUUUGUACAACCCAGUGGAAUCUGUGCUUGCCACUACUACAGCACGGUUUGCAUCAACGUGUGCGGAAGGCGUUGGUGUCAGUUGCUGGCGUCCUUGAGGAGAUUGACAGCACGUUGAUUUUGUUGCGCUGCCAAGUUCAUAUGGAAAUAGCUCGUAUUGAAGAUGAUGAGGAUAGAAUAGAGGCUGCUGUGGAACAUUUGCAAAAAGCUAUAAAUCUAAACAACAGUGGGCAGUAUCAAGAACAUCUAAGAUUGGCUUUUAACCGUCUUCAUUUAUGCACAAUGCUGUAUAAGUCACCUGAGCGUCUAGAGGAUCGGGCAGUAAUGAUGAUUGAACAGGCUAAAAGAGGAAGGCCUAAGGAUAAUGUGAGGAAAAAGAGGUCCCUUCUGGUAAAUGCAGGUCUUGCACUAGCUCCUGAUUCAUUUCGAAUAGUCCUUGACAGUGAAAAUGAAGCUAAAGUUUUCUCAGGUGAAAGUAGGAGUCAAAGAAGCUACCUCUGUGCAAAAGCACAACAUCAUAUUAAAAGCAUGGAGAAAGUUGAUGAACAUUUGAAGCACUUAAGAUAUGAAAAUGACAGAGAGAGAAUUAUAGUUUGGGCAGAUUUGGCAAAAGUUGCACGUAAACAAGAAGUAUGGGAUGUGUGCCGUGCAGCAUGCAGAUUUUGUCUCUGGUAUGAUGACACUUUGUUUAGGAAGGUAACAAAACCUAAAAAAACACAGAAGAAGAAAGCGAGUACAGUUACAAUGGAUGAUGAUCAAGGUGACAGCUUACUAGGAGAAUUGUUGCUACCUGCUAAAUCCUUCUCUUUUGAAAGAGAUUUACUCAGAAUACUAGCAGAAAUAAGAUUCAUUAAUGCAGAGGCAACGGUUCAUUUAUUAAGAUUGCAGGGAACUGAACUGAAUGAUCAUGCUGUACCUCCACAAGAUACAAGCCAGUAUCGUCCAGGAUAUGUUUCGUGUCUUCCUGAAAGUGAUCAAGAAUGGAAAAC